AGUUAGGGCAGUCCAACACAUGACAUGACAGUGUAUAUUCAUUGGUUUGCUCGGUAUAAAUUUGCAGUGUACAGCAGGGGUAGCCAAAUCGCCAUUUUGUUUAUUUUCGCGUGGGGAUCUUGCGAAUAAAUCAACGAAGGCAAGGCCGAAGCGAAGGAAGGGUUCCCGGAUUGACUCUCAGCCGCGAUUGCAUCUCGUUCUCGGUGGAAUCUCGUGACCGGAACAAAGUGAAGAGAGUUUUCACCUUUUCGUGAUACGAUAUCAGCGCGCCGGUCCUUGUGCGUUGCAGUGCAGUGGUUUGUUCCUUCUUCCGAAUCGUUUUCAAAGUGCGGUGCGGACCAGUGGAACGAACUUGCGCAAUUUCGUUCUGGUUCAUCCGGAGAUAGGGCGAAACGCGGACGACUUUUUCGACGAGUUUCUCACAAAGUGGAAUAUAUGCUGUGGGCGUCCCCCGAGUCCGCGGGGGCAUUCGACGGCCGCAGAAAUUGGGCUUGCAAAAUCAAAAUACCAAUCGUGCGGUAAAACAUCCUCGUCGUCACCUGGAGCUGAUCAGGGCGACUCCAUUCUUGUUGUCUCGCCAAUUCCUCCCUCAAUUGUUCAAUCAUCACUAGCAGUUCAAUCAUUGUUCAAUCAGCAGCAGCAGAUUGACGAAGAGGAGGACGAGUGCGAGAUACCCACGCAAGUUUCUCAGGAAGUGACCUCGGCGGCGAUAGCCGUUCACGAGGCACCUGGGGCAGACAAGACCAAGACGACCAUCAACAUUGGCUUCGCGAUGAAUCACGUUAACGACCAAGAAAACCUCAAGCAACUCAACCUGACCCCAGUCCAGGUCAACGAGGUAGAAGAAAUGGACACGCAGGAAGAAACACCUAAUGACGGAGGAGGGGACGGGAAUGAAACACGUCCAAUUAAUGGUGAACGUGAACCGCCAGUUUGCAUUGUACACACUGAUCACGACAUGGAAGAAGACGAAGCAAGAUCAGAGGCAACUUUUCGCUACACAGUUGAGAAUGUCUCGAAGAUGAAAGAUUCUCAACUCUCGCCACCAUGCUACGUUCGAAAUUUACCCUGGAAGAUAAUGGUUAUGCCACGAUCGAGUCAAACUCAAGAGCGACAGCCACAAAGGUCUCUUGGCUUCUUUCUGCAGUGCAACGGAGAAAGCGAAUCGACUUCUUGGAGUUGUUAUGCAGUUGCCGAACUACGUCUUCUGUCCUGUAAAGCAGGGCAAGAUUACUUCAGUAGAAAAAUUCAGCAUCUUUUCUACAGUAAAGAAAAUGACUGGGGAUUCAGUCAUUUUAUGACGUGGCAGGACGUUCUUGAUCCUGAUAAAGGUUAUAUCAAAGAUGACUCUAUCACACUGGAGGUACACGUAGUGGCAGAUGCACCGCACGGUGUCAGUUGGGAUAGUAAGAAGCACACAGGUUACGUUGGAUUGAAAAAUCAAGGUGCUACAUGCUAUAUGAAUUCUUUACUUCAAACUCUCUAUUUUACAAAUCAGUUACGCAAGGCUGUCUACAAAAUGCCGACGGAGAGCGACGAUUCUAGCAAAAGUGUUGCCCUCGCUUUGCAGAGGGUGUUCCACGAGUUACAGUUCAGUGACAAACCAGUCGGUACAAAGAAACUCACCAAAAGCUUUGGAUGGGAAACGUUAGAUUCGUUUAUGCAACACGAUGUACAGGAAUUUCUGCGCGUGCUUCUCGACAAAUUGGAAAGUAAAAUGAAGGGAACAUGUGUGGAGGGAACAGUGCCAAAAUUGUUCGAGGGGAAAAUGUUGUCUUUCAUCAAGUGCAAAAAUAUCGAUUACAAGUCCACGAGAAUCGAGACUUUCUACGAUAUUCAGUUAAAUAUCAAGGGCAAGAAAAAUAUUUACGAGUCUUUCAAUGAUUACGUUAGUACGGAAAUGCUCGAUGGUGACAACAAAUAUGAUGCAGGAGAACAUGGCUUGCAAGACGCAGAAAAGGGAGUAAUCUUCUCAGCCUUCCCACCAGUUUUGCAUUUACACCUCAUGCGAUUUCAGUAUGAUCCAAUCACAGAUUGCUCCGUCAAGUUCAAUGACAGAUUUGAAUUCUACGAGAAGAUAAGUCUUGGGCCUUUUUUACAAAACGAGGAAUCAACAAAUGCAGACUACACGUUACACGCAGUCCUAGUCCACAGUGGAGAUAAUCACGGAGGACAUUACGUUGUAUUUAUUAACCCGCAAGGCGAUGGAAAGUGGUGCAAGUUUGACGACGACGUAGUGUCGCGUUGCACGAAGCAGGAGGCGAUCGAGCACAACUACGGCGGUCAAGACGAGGACAUGUCGAUGGCUGUGAAGCACUGUACAAAUGCAUACAUGUUGGUCUACAUCCGUGACUCGGAAUUGGAAAAUGUUCUGCAAGAGGUCAAGGAAGAGGACAUCCCCCAAGAGCUGGUGGAGAGGCUGCAUGAGGAGAAGAGGCUGGAACAAAUAAGGAGAAAGGAGCGAACGGAAGCUUACUUAUACAUGACCGUCAAUGUACUUCUCGAAGAUAGUUUUGACGGUCACCAGGGCAACGAUCUCUACGAUCCGGAACAUGCGCUUUAUCGUGUAUUUCGUGUGCGUAAGCAGGCUACUCUACACGAAUUUCUCGAAGUACUCAGUGAAAGUUUGAAAUACCCAAUAGAGCAAAUCCGUGUUUGGCCAUUCAGUCUGCGAUCGAACCAGACCUGUCGACCAACUUUAAUCGAAUUGGAGGCGGACCUACAAAAACCAAUUUCCGAAUGUGCGGAAAGUGUAAAUCCGUGGAACGUUUUUGUGGAACUCGUUCCACCAGAUUCCGAUUUGAAAACACUACCCGCUUUUGACAAGGACACGGAUGUCUUAUUAUUUUUCAAAUUAUACGACCCCAAAAACAAAAAGAUUCACUACUGCGGUCAUCACUACAUGCCAGUCACGGCCAAAGUUCAGGAGCUGAUACCGAUUCUAAAUGAAAGGGCUGGUUUUCCUCUCGACACGGAACUUGCCUUGUAUGAAGAGAUCAAGCCGAACAUGGUCGAGAAAAUAGAGAAUCUGACCGAGCCUUUGGAGAAAGUUCUUGAGGAACUAAUGGAUGGUGAUAUUAUAGUUUUCCAGAAAGAAGAUCGAGAUAAUGAAAUGUACGAACUACCAACGUGUCGAGAUUACUUCAAGGACUUGUUCUACAGGGUUGAAGUAACAUUCUGUGACAAAACGAUUCAGAAUGAUCCGGGAUUCACAGUGGAACUCUCUUUAAGAAUGACGUACGAGCAGAUGGCUAAAGCUGUGGCUCAGCGACUCGGAACGGAUCCGUUCCUCCUGCAAUUUUUUAAAUGUCAAAAUUACAAAGACUUGCCUGGCCAUCCUCUGAAAUGUACUUUUGAUGGAACCCUGAAAGAACUUGUCGCUUACUGUAAGCCAAAGACAAAGAAAAUCUUCUAUCAGCAACUCAGCAUUCGAGUGAACGAGCUCGAGAAUAAGAAGCAGUUCAAAUGCAUCUGGGUGCCGCCGUCCCUGAAGGAAGAGAAGGAGAUCAUUCUCUAUCCCAACAAGAAUGGAACAGUGGCGACCCUCUUGGAGGAAGCGAAGAAACAGGUGGAGUUUUCGGAAAAUGGAUCGGGCAAACUGAGGUUACUCGAAAUCAGCUGCAACAAACUCUCGCCUGGUCCCAAAGACGACGUGCCUCUCGAAAAUUUGAAUUCCGGCAAUAACAAGAUUUAUAGGAUAGAGGAGAUCCCGAAGGACGAACUGACUUUGGCGGACGACGAAAUGCUGGUCCCUGUUGCGCAUUUCCACAAGGAUGUAUUUUCCACCUUUGGCAUUCCUUUCCUCUUCAAAAUCAAACAUGGAGAACCGUUCUCGAAAAUGAAGGAAAGGCUAUUCAAGAAACUUGGAGUUCAAGAAAAAGAAUUCGAGAAGUUUAAGUUUGCUGUGGUAUCGAUGAGCAAACCCCAGUUCAUUGACACGCCCGACUACACCAUCGACAUUUCCGACUUUCGAACACAUCAGAAUCAGAUAUUUCCUCUAGCGAAUGCGGGCGCAUCGCCACAAAGGCCCUGGCUCGGUCUGGACCACGUCAACAAAGCGCCGAAGCGUUCACGAAUCAACUACCUCGAAAAGGCCAUUAAAAUAUACAACUAAAUUCGCGAACCUUUGAAGGAAAGUCAGUUUAGGCAACCACACGAUAAUUUAUACUAUAUUAUGUAUAGUGCGACAGCGUUGUAUUUGUAUGCUACAAGUUGAGGAUUGGAAUUUACGCUUUGGUGCGUUUGGUCAUUCGGUUAGCUGUCACGUAAUUUUUAAAUAUUAUAGUUACAAGUAUCGAGUAAACACGAGCUUUCGUUUUGCAAAGCCGAAAAAUAAAAGAAACGAUACAAGAGACUGCAAAGAACCAGGUGGUGAUUUCACGAAUGAUGAGACCAAAAUGAUCUGCCUAAUUAAAUUAUCAAAGAUUUUACGUGAUUAUCCACAACAACACAAAAAAAAACAAAACAAAAAAAAAACUAUGAGAAAGACUGGCGUUAUCUUUUAGCUCUGUGCAGCUUUAAUUUUUUUAGAUUUUACCAUCGAGCUUCUGAUUUUUUUUUCUUCUUUUUUCCUCGAGAAACUUUGUUAAUGUUUCUAUAAUUAUAUAAUCUGUGAGUCAAUGCAUCACCAAGCGAAUCUGGUCGACAAAAAUUCGGUCUAAGCACGUGAAAUCUUUGUCAAGAUAUUUAAGCGUGCAAAGUGCAGCGAAAUACCGUGUAAAGUAACAAUUUCGUGCGAUAAUAUAAUCUCCAUCACUCGCUA